CUGCUGUAUCCUGGGACUCAGUCGCACGCGAGUCUUCAGCCAGUCAGUAGUUCUGGGCAGCUCUUGGGAUCUGCAUGUCGUAUGAAUAAUAAUCCCUAAGCUAUUGGCGGGUUUAAUUAAAAAUUGCGUAUACGCCGCGUGUAAACAAGUAACAGUUAAGCCUACGCAGUGAAAGCCGCUAAGUUGUCAAAGGAACGCAAAGGCUCUAAAAGCUGCUUUAAAUUUUCCACGAAUGUAACUUUUUAGCGGGUAAUCGACGGAAAUUGAGUUACAGUUUAAGGUUGAGUUGGCGCCACUUGGCCAUUGGCGCUGACCAACUUUUGGACCUUACCAAUGAUGAUAAACUGAAAAGUGAACUUUCAGCGCUUUUCAGUACGAAGUGCUCUUAGAAAUAAAAAAGAAACCAGAAGAGGACAUAAUUCUGUGGAAACGCAGUUGCAAUGCAACGUACAAAGAAAAAUCAGUAAAGUGACCUUUAAGUUUACGAAAAGUAAAAAAAAUAACAAAUAACUUGAUAAUAAGAAAAGGGUCACCGGCGGACAGGCUAAUUGCAGCUAACCCCUUUGGCAUUUAGCAAACGGAAAAUGCUUCGUGACCGCUGCAACCACAUUGCACCACCUCAACCAUCAUCGCCAUCAACCAUCGCACCACUGCAACUGAAGGCAUCCCAGUGGCGGCGACACAACACGACAUCCUUGCCAAAUGCAGCAGCCGAGGCGGUGGCAAGUAAAUAAGCGUAAUUUUCGCGUCCACCUUUGCGGGCACGUUCCACCUCCUGUUUGGAGUAGCUCGUAAAUAUUUGGGUGAAGCCAAGAACCAACCUAGUCAUGGAGGCCAUCAUCAUGACGACCCUGCCCACACUGACAACAGAUGCUGGUGGCAGCAGUUUUUGGCUAACCGGUGCCCUUUCGCUCUCCGAGAUUUUGGCCAACUCGAGCCAUGGCCAUCCAACUGGCAGCACAUCCACGACGACGGGAAAUCCAUCGCCGGCAUCCACAGCGGUGAAUGUGGACAAGGACCAUGACAAGCACGUGAAUGACAGCGUCUCAACGGGACUUAGCAAUUACACAUCAUAUCCCAGCUACAUUCACUACCGUGACAAAUACGAUUUGAGCUACAUAGCCAAGGUGAAUCCCUUUUGGCUGCAGUUCGAGCCGCCUAAGUCGAGCACCUUCCUGGUAAUGGCCGCCCUAUAUUGCCUGAUUUCGGUGGUGGGAUGUGUAGGCAAUGCUUUUGUCAUCUUCAUGUUUGCCAACCGCAAAUCUCUGCGGACUCCGGCCAACAUUCUGGUGAUGAACCUGGCCAUCUGCGACUUUCUGAUGCUCGUCAAAUGUCCAAUUGCCAUAUACAACAACAUCAAGGAGGGCCCGGCACUGGGAGAUAUAGCCUGUCGCCUGUACGGAUUUGUGGGUGGCCUAAGUGGCACUUGUGCCAUCGGUACCCUCACCGCCAUCGCUUUGGACCGGUACAAUGUGGUAGUGCAUCCACUUCAGCCUUUGAGACGCUGUUCCCGCCUGCGUUCUUAUCUAAUUAUCCUGCUAAUCUGGUGCUAUAGCAUUCUUUUUGCGGUAAUGCCGGCCCUGGACAUUGGACUUUCGGUAUAUGUGCCUGAAGGAUUUCUAACCACCUGCAGCUUCGACUAUCUCAACAAGGAGACUCCCGCCCGCAUCUUUAUGGCUUUGUUCUUCGUAGCCGCCUAUUGCAUCCCACUGACCGCCAUUGUGUACUCCUACUUCUAUAUCCUGAAGGUGGUCUUCACCGCGAGUCGAAUUCAAUCGAACAAGGACAAGGCCAAAACAGAGCAGAAGUUGGCUUUCAUUGUGGCCGCCAUUAUUGGUUUAUGGUUUCUGGCCUGGUCACCCUACGCCAUUGUGGCCAUGAUGGGUGUUUUUGGCCUAGAGCGCCAUAUCACCCCUUUGGGUUCAAUGAUUCCCGCGCUUUUCUGCAAGACAGCCGCCUGUGUGGAUCCCUAUCUCUAUGCAGCCACUCAUCCGCGGUUUCGUGUCGAGGUACGAAUGCUCAUCUAUGGACGUGGUGUCUUGAGAAGGGUCUCCACCACCAGAUCUUCUUAUAUGACGAGAUCUCGGUCUUCGUUUACCCAUCGAUUGCGGAGCAGCAACACUGCUGAGGGGGGAGCAGGUGACCAUCGAAUGGAAACCUACCUGAUGAACAAUAAUCUGAUGAUGGUGCCCGAGGAAACGGAGGAGAACGAGGAGAUAGUCGUUGUGGCCGAGAUUAAUAAUUCGGUGAGCAGUGCCAUGGAGCAGAGUAAGUUCUAAAGGAGCUCUAGAAAAUGUAUGCUGAUAUGCAAGGAAUGACAAAGAGUGUCUGUAGAUUUAACUUGAUUAAAACGUUUUAAAUAAGUUUUUAAUUGUAAAAUAGAAGAGCGUUAGGAGAACAUAUCCAUAUCUGAAACUCAUUAAAUAUUGAUUUAAGCAUAGUUUACUGUAAAAUGAUAAUAGCUACGACUUUUUAAACUAUGCUUUUCAAAUUAUGUUUGUCAAAUACAGAUUGCCAAGCAUUAAUUUUACUUUACCUUAAUAAGUUAAAUAUUAAUUGUUCAUUGAAAACUACACUUGAGUGUUGUAUUGCCAUUAAACAUGGCAAUGGAAAAUGGAAAAUCCUGAACAUUGUUCACUCAAAUUGAUAUGACUAAUCAUAAAUUGCAUGGAUUGGCUCAAGUUUCAUUGUCAAACUAAUCUAACUUGUAUGUGGAAAUAAUAGAGGCAACUGAAAUCAGGCAGGGCAACAGGACUUAAGCAAAGUAAUUUCUCUCUCCAAUAAUAGAUGCCAAUGGCAUUGUUAACUGGGCUGAAUGCAAUGUCAUUGAUGAACCUACAAUUGAAAUGAAAAUAAUAAAUAGAAAUGAACCAGGGAAAUCCGUUGGGUUUUGGGAAAAUGGACAAGGAACAACGAGAGUAGUAGUGAUAGUAAACAUAUUUAAUGAGCUUAUGUGAUGUUUAGACAGGGAGAGGAGAGAAAGGAAUGAUAUAUGUAUGUAUAUGACAGCGGAUAAAUAAGGGGCAGUCCUAUUAUAUAGAUGCCGAGACAAGGUCAAAAUUAGUACAAAGAAAGGGUGGAAUGUAAAGGCCCCUCAGAAUGGUAAUUCGAUAGGGAAAUUAUACAUAGUUUCAGGGAAAGACACUCAGAGCAAAGGUCAUGCCGCGGGUAUUGAAUGCUAACAAACGGAUUUGCAACUCAAAAUUGGGGGAAAGCACAAUCAAACCCGAUUGAAUUUCAAAUGAAUUGUGAUGGCUGUCAGACUUUUAAGUUAUCGACGAAUUAAACUAAUUGCGUUAAUGUCUCAAUGUCUAAACCAGUGUAUCUUAUAGGUAUUAUAGAUUGUAUACAAUGUCUACUCUUAAAAAAAAACAAAAUCUAACUAAGUAAAUGACUUUGAUAAAGUCAAACGAGUACUUGUACCUGUAAGAUAAAUACGAAUGAGCGAUGCAUUGCAACCAAAGCCAAAUAUAUAACGAAUUUAUACUCUUGAUACUUACUUAGCCGUAUCAUUUUAUAUAUAUAUAUAUAUGUAUGUAUGUAUAUCGGGGAUAUCUGGCCACAAUGGGCCAGAGAACAAUGGUAGCGCCAGAUGAAUAAGUCUCGGCCAGCAUUUUAAUUACUAGAACACAAAUUUAAGCCAUUGUUGCGACAAACCUAAAUACCCGACUAUAUAUAUUUCCUUCACUUCGUGAACGAACAAUGGACACCGCUGUUACUGUAACUGUGCUCAAAAUGAAAUUGCAGAAAUACAAGUACCAAAACAGUUAGAUGGCGGGAAAAACAAAGGAAAACUGAAAGGAGGUAAACAGAAAAAAAACCAUUUAAUUAGCAUAUUUAAAAUGCACUUUGACAGCAAUUUUGUGUGUGUGUGUGUCUGAGUGUGCAUUUCACUUAAGCAGCUUGUAUUUAAAUUAGUUUAACUCAGUAAUUGUUUAACGAGUACUUUUUGUUUUCGUUAUGCCGGUGUAAUGUUAGAAACCCAAAUAAAUGUGCAAAGCAAAAAAGUUGAAAAUUUCCAAAGA